CCCGUGCCAAUCAGGAUCAGUUGUUAUCGAAUCUGCAGCGGGAGUAUAUACUGACACGUAUUCGCUCCGCAAAUAAUCUGUUUGUGUGAAAUCUGUUCGUUGUAUUUAACAGGAAAUAAAGAAAAAAGGAAAUAAAUAGAUAGAACACGAGUGUCACGUAUCACGUAGUUCGAGCAAGUGAUUAGUAAAAGCGUUGAAAUCAAUAUAAUAAGGAUAAAUACGGGAGGGGGUGAAAAAAAAAGGAGUCAUGUCGUACGAGUAUAUCCGUCGUCGUGUACCAUUAAUCUUUAUGUUAUUAUUUCUGACAUUGAACAAGAUCGAAGGACAAUUUCGUUGUCCGGAGUCUAAGGGUUUUUUUCCAGAUUUGGAACAGUGCGACCUUUAUUAUUCCUGUGUGGACGGUAAGCCCGAGGAAAAACUUUGUAAAGAUGGUCUCGUAUUCAGAGACGAUAAUCCGAAAAAGGAACUUUGCGAUAUACCGGCUAAUGUUCCAUGCGGCGACAGGACUUUAUUACAGGAACCACAAUCAAGUAAAGGAUGUCCACGAGCAAACGGAUAUUUCAAGCACGAGGAUCCAACAGCCUGCGAUAGAUUCGUUAAUUGCAUAGACGGUAUACCACAAAUAAUGCCGUGUCCACCUGGUUUGAUUUACGAGGAUAAAAUGUCGAGUUGCGUUUGGCCGGCCGACGCCAGUAGAUUAUGCGAGAACGUUAAACGCGACGUCCUUGACGAUGGUUUCGUUUGUCCGGACGGUGACGUGGCUGGUCCAUUGGGACGUGUUUUACCUCAUCCGACCUAUCCGCAUCCUGAGGAUUGUGCCAAAUUUUACAUAUGUAAGAACGGUGUUGUACCGCAAAAGGGACAAUGUGAUAGUGGCACAGUAUACAACGAGGAAAGUUUUAGGUGUACCGAACCCGAAAAUGUACCGGGAUGCGAGGAUUAUUACAAACGGAAGAACUAAGUCAGAAGAUAUACACGGUGCCAAUUUAUUACCAUACGUUACUGUACGUUUAUAGCGCAUAACUUUUUACCUGUAGAAAUAAUAAUAAUAAUUAUAAUAAUAAUAAUAUACGUAAUAUAAAUGUCUAGACCUGCGUGAUACAUCUCGGACGAUCUUUUUCCAUCUACCUUGAGAAGAAGAA